CCCGGCUGCGAGCCGUGCACCUGAGAGCCGACGCCCGGGUCCGCGAAGCUGUACUCGCAGCUGUCCCCGCCGCCAUGAACCGCUUCAAGGUGUCCAAGUUCCGGCACACGGAGGCUCGGCCGUCCCGCCGCGAGGCCUGGAUCAGUGAUAUUCGAGCAGGCACUGCCCCCUCAUGUGGGAACCAUAUCAAAGCCAGCUGCAGCUUAAUUGCAUUCAACUCUGACCGUCCAGGUGUGCUGGGCAUCGUGCCUCUGGAAAGCCAGGGAGAGGACAAGAGACAGGUGACUCACCUGGGCUGCCAUUCAGACCUGGUCACGGACUUGGACUUCUCCCCCUUCGAUGACUUUCUCCUGGCCACAGCCUCAGCUGACAGGAUGGUGAAACUGUGGCGACUGCCAGCGUCUGGCCAGGCACUGCCCUCGGCGCCUGGGCUGCUGCUGGGCCCCGAGGACGCCCAGGUGGAGGUGCUGCAGUUCCACCCCACCGCCGACGGCGUCCUGCUGAGCGUGGCGGGCAGGGCUGCGAAGGUCUGGGAUGCUGCCAAGCAGCAGCCGCUCACAGAGCUGGCGACCCACGGGGACCUGGUGCAGGGUGCCGCCUGGAGCCGGGACGGAGCCCUGCUGGGCACAACCUGCAAGGACAAGCAGCUGCGAAUCUUCGACCCCAGAGCAAAGCCCGAGGCCGCCCAGAGCACGCUGGCCCAUGAGAACAGCAGGGACGGCCGGCUGGUGUGGACGGGCACCCAGGAGCGCCUCGUGUCCACUGGCUUCAACCAGAUGCGAGAGCGUGAAGUCAAGCUCUGGGACACCCGGCUCUUCUCCUGUGCCCUCACCUCCCUCACCCUGGACACCUCUCCCAGGUCUCUGAUGCCCCUGCUGGACCCAGACUCAGGUCUCCUGGUCCUGGCGGGAAAGGGAGAGAACCAGCUCUACUGCUAUGAGGCGGCCCCCCAGCAGCCAGCACUGAGCCCGGUGACCCAGUGCCUCCUGGAGGGCGUGCUGCGGGGAGCGGCCCUCGUGCCCCGGCGGGCGCUGGCCGUCAUGGGCUGCGAGGUGCUGCGCGUCCUGCAGCUGAGCGACACGGCCAUCGUUCCCAUCAGCUACCACGUACCCCGCAAGACCGCGGAGUUCCAUGAAGACCUGUUCCCGGACACCGCAGGCUGUGUGCCUGCCUCCGACCCCCAUGCCUGGUGGGCAGGGAGCGACCAGCAGGUGCAGAGGGUCAGCCUGCACCCCGCCUUCCGGGCCCACCCCAGCUUCACUUCCUGCCUGGUGCCCCCUGCAGAGCCCACCCCUGCCGUGGCCCGGCCCGCGGGGACACCUGCGGGCGACUCCGACCCCAGCGAGGGCUUCUCCUCCCCGCCCAGCUCACUGACCUCGCCCUCCACGCCCUCCAGCCUGGGGCCCUCGCUCACCAGCACCAGCGGCAUUGGCACCAGCCCCAGCCAGCGGUCCCUGCAGAGCCUGCUGGGCCCCAGUUCCAAGUUCCGGCACGCUCAGGGCACUGUCCUGCACCGAGACAGCCACAUCACCAACCUCAAGGGGCUCAACCUCACCACGCCUGGCGAGAGUGACGGCUUCUGCGCCAACCAGCUGCGCGUGGCCGUGCCCCUGCUCAGCAGCGGGGGGCAGGUGGCUGUGCUGGAGCUGCGGAAGCCCGGCCGUCUGCCCGACACUGCACUGCCCACGCUGCAGAAUGGGGUGGCCGUGACCGAUCUGGCCUGGGACCCCUUUGACCCCCACCGCCUUGCCGUGGCCGGGGAGGACGCCAGGAUCCGGCUGUGGCGGGUGCCCCCCGAGGGCCUGCAGGAGGUGCUCACUACGCCUGAGGCUGUACUCACAGGCCACACGGAGAAGAUCUAUUCUCUGCGCUUCCACCCACUGGCGGCUGACGUGCUGGCUUCUUCCUCCUAUGACCUCACCGUUCGGAUUUGGGACCUCAAAGUCGGGGCCGAGAGGCUGAGGCUGCAGGGCCACCGGGAUCAGAUCUUUGGCUUGGCCUGGAGCCCCAAUGGGCAGCAGCUGGCCACUGUCUGCAAAGACGGGCGCUUGCGGAUCUACGAGCCCCGGGGUAGCUCUGAGCCCCUGCAGGAAGGCCCAGGGCCCGAGGGGGCCCGUGGAGCCCGCGUUGUGUGGGUGUGUGACGGUCACUAUCUCUUGGUGUCAGGCUUUGACAGCCGAAGUGAGCGCCAGCUCCUCCUGUACUCAGCCGAGGCCCUGGCUGCUGGCCCCUCCGCAGUGCUGGGGCUGGACGUGGCUCCCUCGACCCUGCUGCCCAGCUAUGACCCGGACACCGGCCUGGUGCUGCUCACGGGCAAGGGCGAUACCCGCGUGUUCCUGUAUGAGCUGCUCCCCGAGUCCCCCUUCUUCCUGGAGUGCAACAGCUUCACAUCGCCCGAUCCCCACAAGGGAUUCAUCCUCCUGCCCAAGACAGAGUGUGACGUGCGGGAGGUGGAGUUCGCUCGAUGCCUACGACUUCGCCAGACCUCCCUGGAGCCUGUUGCCUUCCGGCUGCCCCGAGUCAGGAAAGAAUUCUUCCAGGACGACGUGUUUCCCGACACCGCCGUAAGCUGGGAGCCGGCGCUCAGCGCUGAGGCCUGGCUGGGAGGUGCUAACGGGCAGCCCCGGCUUCUCAGCCUGCAGCCCCCCGGCAUGACCCCAGUGAGCCAGGCCCCCCGUGAAGCCCCUGCCCGGCGGGCCCCCUCCUCAGUCUACCUGGAAGAGAAGUCAGACCAGCAGAAGAAAGAAGAGCUGCUGAGCGCCAUGGUGGCGAAGCUGGGGAACCGGGAGGACCCGCUCCCACAGGACUCCUUUGAAGGUGUGGACGAGGACGAGUGGGCCAAGUACCUGGCCCAGAUAAUUGUGAUGGGCGCGCAGGUGGUGGGCAGGGCCUUUGCCCGGGCCUUGCGGCAGGAGUUUGCAGCCAGCCGAGCAGCGGCGGACGCCCGGGGACGCGCCGGACACCAGUCUGCAGCCGCCUCCAACCUUUCAGGCCUCAGCCUCCAGGAAGCACAGCAGAUUCUCAAUGUCUCCAAGCUGAGCCCCGAGGAGAUCCAGAAGGUGAGGCCCCCCCGGCAGGCUCGGAGAUAA